AUGUCCGAUAACAACCCCCAUCACCCUGGCGUGCGCAGCUUGCUGGCCAAGUUCGAAGGCCAAAGUCCGAUCACCUCCCCACCCUCCCGUGGCAGAUCUCCCGCUGCAUCAGAUACCUCAGGGACAGCUCGACAGUUGUCCAGGGUCCGCGCCAGCUUCGUGAACGUGGAAGGGGCCCUACAAUCCAACCCAGCUUCGCCAUUGAGGAAGACAAGUGGACGGAGUGAUAGUCCUGGAAUAUUUGGACCGAAAAUCAAUUCGGUGAAUGUGGAGUCGAGUCGGCAGGACAUGGCUUCUCCUACCCCGGCCAGCCAUUUAGAGCACAGCGAGAACCCGAAUUUGGCCCAGAUCAUGGCAGAGGGUCGACCGGAAACUCUCCAAACGAAGCGGCAACCAAAUAACACUGCCCAGGAAUCCCCUGCGCACUCCGAGACUGCACCCCAGUCGCCAGACGCGCCCAAAACAGGACCUGCCUCCGCCAAAUCUAGGUCGACAACCUCCGAGACACCCUCGCAAAAGUCCGACGCGUCAAUCAAGAGAAAGCCAUCUAGCAUUGGAUCUACUACAGCCAACAAGCCAUCGACUACUGCCACGUCGACUGGCGGACAACGAUCCCAAAACAACACCUCCAAGCCCUCAGCCCGCGAAGUGGCCAAGGAGCGUUCCAACUCUCUUGCCCACAAGCCGAGCCGUGUCUCCUUGAACCCCAAGACAACAGUACGGCCAACCCGAGGCUCAACUCCCGUGGAAACUUCCAAGCCAUCUACUGCAACGAGCAGAUCUACCCGUCAAUCUACGGCGCCCACCCAAGCACCCACUAACCCAGCAAGCACUGGCGCAAGCACUCGCACAACCAACACUCUGACUAGAAAACCCUCGACCCUCAGAAGUGCAGUCGGAGCUCAGCCGCCGGCGACUACGUCUACCGGUGUUCGCAGACAGUCCUCUCGCCCCUCGUUGCCCAGCCAGCCAGCCAAUGAACGGCCCAGUUCCCGAACCAGUGAUGUACACGCUACCAAGCCAGUCAACGAGGGCUUCCUUGCGAGGAUGAUGCGACCCACUGCUAGCUCUGCUAACAAGUCCCAUGAGAAGACGGACGCGAAGGCUGUUCCCAAGACCACAGCGACUUCCAAGGCCCCCAGACAUUCCAUCGGUGGCAGGGUUCCCGAGCGCGCUGCGCCCCAUUCAAAGCCCAAGACCACCACUCUGCGACCUCAGAGUGAGAGAUCGCAGGCUGCGAACAAGGCGCCUGUUCGUGAAAACCCGCUUCCUCAGAAGAAGCAGGAGAGCGAGAAGGAGAAUCUUGUUGAGCCUACCCCGGUCAGCCCCAAGGAGCCUGUGACUGUGGAGAAGACAGAGGCUACUACUGUGGAACAGCCUGAGGCUAUUACUAGGCCAUUUGAGGAGGUUGCUGCUCCUAUCCAGGCUGAGAAGCCCAUUGAGGCUACCUCUACCAUCGAGCCUGUGGAUAAGUCAGCUGAGGUGUCUAAGCCGGUCGUUGUGGCCCCAACUGAGCCUAUCGAGCCUGAAGUGGAGACCGAAGCUGAGGUCGAAGUCUCGAUUGAGGUGCAACCAGUUGCUGAGGCAGAGGCUCCGACCGAGGCUGACGUGGAGACUCCUGUGGAGGCUAUUGAGUCAAUCCCUGAGGUUGUUGAAGAAGAACAGGCUGUCGAGACCACCGCUACCCCCGAGGUGGCAGAUGCUAGCCCAACUCUGGCCGGCGAGACUGUCGAAGAGCCCAAGGCCUCUGACCCAACGCCUGCCGAAGUUGAAGGCGCUGAGCAAAAGACUGUCAUCCCUGAGCCAGGACUCGACCAGUGGCUUGCAGCUCCAUCUGGUCCCAAGUUUGAGGCCGAGAAAGAAGAGACUGUUCCAGCCAAGGAUACUACCAUUCCGGGGACUUCGGCAGAACCCGAGAACUCGGCAGAGGUUAAGCCUACCGAGGUCAAGCCUGCCACUGAGGCCGAGUCUAGCAACGUCGCCCUCGAUAUCACUACUCUGGCACUGAACUAG